AUGCCCGAGGAAUUAGUGAAAAUGCAGCAAAACGCGUCGCCGCCAGGUAGGACUGGUGCUGGGGAUAUUACUGAAAGAGAAUUGUCCAGGGAGCGCUACACGUUGACUUCAACACCCACCAUGCGCGUACAACCAGCUCACCCGAAGAAACAGCUGUACUCCGUCCCUGUCAAUAAAUUUACGGCGCGAACCCAUGCACCCAGUUCCAACCUUGAGCGCAUUAAGAGCUGCUUGGAGGAGUACCGGAGCCGAGGUCCGCUGCAGCCCACGAGGGUUACACACAAAGCCGCUUCUAUGGAGGACUUGACACCCACCAAGAGGGUUUUAAAGGGCAGGAAGGACGGAGCGCUGUCAGCGGUGAGGUCCCCAGGACUUCACAGCGCUGCAGAGCAGCGUGCUGCGGAGAGGGUGGGCAGGUUCAUGCUGCUGGCCGCCUGGCGCCGCCGCCGCCGCGACCUGCACUGCCUGCGCACCACGCUCGAGCUGCAGGUGAGCAGCUCUGAGCGGCUUCGCGUGCAAGUGUGGGCGCUUAAGUCCCUGCUGGACGCAGACAACAGCAAGGUGCGCCUCGCCAUGAAGGAACUCGAUCGCCUUAAGCAGCUACUCAAGGACAAGGAAAAAGAGAAGGCGGUGCUCGAAAAGGAGAAACGAGCUCUCGAAGGCGAUGUCUGCGCAGCCGAAGACCGAGCUUCCGAGAUGAGCAUUGGCUGGCGUAACUGUCGCAAUGAGCUGGACGCUGUGAAAGCAUCUGCGAGUGCACUUGAGCGAGCGCUGUCUCUCCAGCGCGCGGCCGCCGCCGACCUGCUCGCACAGCGCGACGCCGCUCAGCACAGGGUGAGUGAAAUGGAAGCAGAGCUAUCUCGGCGACAAUCUCUGUUGUCGUCAGCGGAGGCUGAAGUGUCCAAGUUGCGGCGCGAGGCCGAGGACAAGCAGAAGGCACUCGACUGGACCACGCGAAGGCUGAAGAUGGAACAUGAGUGA